AUGCGGCGUCUGCACCUUCCCAGUCUGCGCUGCCCCAGCAGCAGCAGCAGCAGCAGCAGCAGCGAGGAGCUGCGCAGCAGCACAGAUUCUGCUUUUCCCAUUUGUGGGGAAGAAGGAGAUGGGGCCCCUCUGUCCCCGGGGGGCCCCCCUUCUGAGGGUUUGCUGCAGGCUGCUGCUGCGCCAGUGCAGCAGCAGCAGCAGCAGCAGCAGCAGCAGCAACAGCAGCAGCAGCAGGACUGCAGGGAGUUCAGUGCUGGGGGCCCCACACCCCCCACUGCUGCUUCCUCCCCCCGGCUUUGUGUCUCUUCCCACCGCAGCAAAGAUAAAAGCGGGCAGCAAACCCAAGCAGCAGCAGCAGCAGCAGCAGCAGCAGCAGCAGCAGCAGCAGCAGCAGCGGGGGAGCCACAGGGCGUGCAGCAACAGCAGCAGCAGCAGCAGCAGCAGCAAAGCAGCAGCCGCUCUCGCCUGGAAACACUCCAGUCUCCAGCUGCUGCUUCCCCGCUAAGAGUCCUCGAGGGGGCCCCAGAGGAGGCCCCGGGGGGCCCCCCAGGGGCCCCCCGUGGGGCCCCCCCUGGGGGCCCCCCUGGGGGCCCCCUGGGUGGGGGGCCCCUGGACGGGUACCUGGGGGGCCCCCUGGGGGGCCCCCUCGACGUUCCUCUCGGGGGCCCCCUGGGGAGCCCCCUGGGGGUGCCCCUGGGGGGCCCCCAGGGGGCCCCCCCUGGGGGGGCCCCCCAGGGGGCCCCCCUGGGGGCCCCCCAGGGGGCCCCCCUGGGGGCCCCCCCGGGGGCCCCCCUGGGGGCCCCCAUGAAGCGGAGUUGGCAUCAGCAGUUUAAAAGAUCGGCUUAUAGAUUGGGUUUGGGGGUGGAAGGUUUGCUGCGGAUAGAUGGGGGGGGCCCCCCCUUGAGGCCCCUGAGGCACCCGAGGAGGCGGCCGCAGCAGCAGCAGCAGCAGCAGCAGCAGCAGCAGCAGCAGGUGCAGCAGCAGCUGCUGCUGCUGCAGGGCGACGCGGGGGGCGCUGCGGAGGAAGAGGAGAAGGACGCGGAGGAGCCUGGAGAAGCUGCUGCUGCUGCUGCUGCUGCUGCGGCUUCCCCGGGGGCAGCAGCGGGAGCAGCAGCAACGGGAGCCGUCACAGCAGCAGCAGCAGCAGCAGCAGCAGCAGGACUCAGCCACGGAGACUUCAACUGGCAAGAAGCAGAGUUAAUUGGCAGAGGCAGAAGUGCUCUUGUCUUUGCUGUUACGCACAUUCCCUCCCGCCUAGUUGUUGCCAUCAAGGAGAUCCACGUGGGCUGCUUUGGGGUGUAUACACACCUGGAUGAAGCCACCAAGACAAACAGAUAUCAGCUGGCAGCAGAAGUCACCGCGAUGUCGCUUUCUGCGCACUGGGUGGGCCCUUCGCAAGCAGCAGCAACAGCAGCAGCAGCAGCAGCAGCAGCAGCAGCAGCAGGGAAGAAGUCGCUGUGCGCUCCGCAUCAGCUGCCUGCAGCAAAAGAGGCAGCUGAGGCAGCAGCGGCCGCGCCCGCUGCAGCAGCGCCAGCAGCAGCAGCAGCAGCAGCAGCAGCAGCAGCAGCAGCAGCGCCGCUGCCUACUUUUAUUGUCCCUUUUCUUGGAGCCUAUCGCUGGCUGUCAAGAAGAGGCGGCUGUGUCCAUUUGGUUUUUGAGUUUAUGGAAAGAGGGUCUUUGGGAGAUUUGCUGCGGACAGCAAAGCUUGUUGCUGCUGCUGCUCCUGCUGCUGCUGCUGCUGCUGCUGCUGCUGCUGCCGACGGCCACGCGACACCCAAGCAGCAGCAGAUGCCGCUGCUGCAGCAGCAGCCCUCCUUUGCUUCGCGGUGGCUCUACUGGAGACGCAGCGGCAGCCACAGAGCUGCUCAGCAGCAGCAGCAACAGCAGCAGCAGCAGCAGCAGCAGCAGCAAGAGCAGCAGCUAAAAAGAGCCACGAGGAAACGAAAAGCGAGGCCCGCAGGAGUCCCUGAGCACUUCCUCAAACUCAUUGCCUUUCAGGCUUUGGACGGACUCUCCUUUUUGCAUGCGCAGCGAGUUGUCCACAGAGACAUAAAGCCCCAAAAUAUCCUUAUCAGCGCAAGAGGUGAGCAGCAGCAGCAGCAGCAGCAGCAGCAGCAGCGGCAGCAGCAGCAGCAGCAGCGGCAGCAGCAGCAGCAGCAGCAGCAGCAGCGGCAGCAGCAGCAGAGUUAG